CGCAUUUGCACCCCGUCGCCUUCCGUUCCCUCCCCCACCCGCGUGCGUGCGUGUCCCUCAAUCAUAGCAGCCAGCCGCGCCGCGGCCGUGUCCGUUUCCUCUCGCCCGCCCGCCGGCCCGCCGGCCCUUCUCCCCCCGCCCCGCCCUCCGCCGAUGCGGCCCGCCCCCGAACCCUAGCCGGAUCCCAAUGGCGACCCCGCGCUCCGGGGCCGCGCCGCCUGUCACCGGCGACCGCUACCUCGACCUGCUCGUCCGCUUCGUGGCCAGCCACGCCGGCGAGCUGCUCGACGGCUCCUUCACCCUGCGCCUCCACCCCGUGGGCCUCCACUACGUCGCCUCCCGCCUCGAGGCGCUGCGCGAGCUGGAGGCCGUCGGCGCGGGGGCGCCCGUCGACUACCUCCGCGCCUACGUCGCCGACCUCGGGGACCACCGCGCGCUCGAGCAGCUCCGCCGGAUCCUCCGCCUCCUCACGUCGCUCAAGGUCGUCGCCGCGGGGCCAGGGCGCGACCCGGCGCCGCUCUCGCUCCUGCCGUUCGCGCGGCUUCGCGUGCUCGAGCUGCGGGGCUGCGACCUCUCCACCUCCGCCGCCAGGGGGCUGCUCGACCUCCGACACACGCUCGAGAGGCUCGUCUGUCACAACUCCACGGAUGCUCUUAGGCAUAUAUUUGUGAGUAGAGUGAUGGAUAUCAAGGACUCUCCUGUAUGGAUUCGGCUUUCGUACGUCUCUUGUGCUUCUAAUGAUCUCGUACUCAUGGACGAGUCAUUGCAAUUGUUACCUGCGGUUGAAACCCUUGAUCUUAGUCGGAACCGAUUUGCAAAGGUGGAUAAUCUGCGGAAAUGUACAAAGUUGCGAAAUCUGGACCUUGGAUUUAAUCAUUUGCGCUCUAUAUCAUCCUUGAGUGAGGUUUUCAGUCGGAUUGGUAAACUAGUACUUAGAAACAAUGCUUUAACUACUAUACAUGGGAUUGAAAAUCUCACGUCGCUUGUGGGCCUUGAUCUGUCUUACAACAUCAUAUCAAAUUUCUCAGAGUUGGAAAUUCUUGGCAGCUUCUCUUUGCUACAGAACGUAUGGUUGGAAGGCAAUCCAAUCUGCUGUGCUCGUUGGUAUCGAGCACGUGUUUUUAGUUUUUUCCAUAAUUCAGAAAAUUUAAAGUUAGAUGAUAAAGGUAUGAACACACAAGAAUACUGGGAAAAGCAAGUAUUGUUUGGAAGCAGACAAAAACAACCUGCUGGCUAUGGAUUUUAUUUUCCUGCAAAAGAUGAUCAUGCGGAUGAAUACACUUCAAAUUCUAUGAUGAAAAAGAUUUCCCGACUUGCCUGUAUUCUGGAGGAAGAGAGAAGUCCUUGUGAUGAAGGUGUGGACCAGCAGUCCAGCCCCCGUGAUAGUGCUAGUUCAAAGAAGGAUGAAGUUGCCGUUGCUGAUAAUGACAUAAAAAUUACUUCUUUGAUAAGUACAGCAGAGUUGAUGAAGAAGGAAAGAUCGACUGACUGGCUGCGUGAAUUUAAGGAGUGGAUGGAUGAAAAUACAGAGAACACAGAUGGUGACAGCCUUUAUGUUGAUUUCACUAACAGAAAUGGAAGUCAGGAAAAACAAAACAGAAGAGAAAAAUUGAACAUAGAGAGCUCCAAGAGUGUCACAGACCUGGCAAAAACAUCAGAAGGUGGAAGCAGCUCAAACCUUGUGGAGUCUAAAUUGUCUUUCACAGAUGAUGCAUGCAACGUCGCUAAUGGCUUCACUGCAGGAUCCUUGAACGAAGUGAAUGCUGACCAAACUCAUGUAAGGGUACACUUGAAUUCUGCCGUACAGCUUCCUCCACUAGAAUUUGUGGGCACUUCACAUCCAGAUUCUUUAUCUGAUGUGGGAGGUGGUGCAAAUUUUUUGCAUACGAACGGAACACCAUCUAAUGCAACAAGCAAGUUGAUAGAACCAAGUCCAUCCUUUGCAUACCCUAGUCCACAGUCACCUCCACAAUACAAGGAAGACAUCCUACGUCGAAGACUUUUUAUGGAGGAAGAAUUUUUGCAGAGUUCAGGAGAUUUCCAAUGUGUUGGUUCUCUUGGUAGUGGUAGCAGCUGCAGUGAUGACUCUUCAGGUGAUUUAUGUUCGUGCAAUUCAGAAGAUGAUUGCGUAGCAAUUCAGACAAAAAGGGAACUAGCCCUGAAUGGUCAGAUUGCUUCAUUUCCUUAUGCAGAUAUUGAUCAUGAGGAAAUGGAUGGGAUGGAGCUUUUCUCACAAGAGGAAAAAUUGUCUGACUGUUCGGCAGAAGAUGACCCAACUUUUACAGAUGCCAUAGAGUUUGGUAUUAAGGAGCCAGAUGACAGUAACCAGAGGAAUGGACAUCUAGGUCAAGAUUCAGGUGGCCAUCUGAUUAGACAAAAUGACAAGCAAAAGGUUAAGAGGAAGAUAUUCCCUAUUUUUAAGGACCGUAAUGGCACUAAACUAGAAUUUACAGAGGCUAAUGGAGAUAAGUUGGAAGAGGGGGGUUCAGUGGGUGCAAAUGGUCACCUGAGCUACGACCUAACUGGAAGUACUAUUUGCAAGGAUCAAAGCUCAAAAAAACACUAUUCAAGUAUCUUGCACAAGAAUAACUUGUCGAUUGAUGCCGAUACAGUUACUUGCAACACUGAUAGGGAUAAGUACAAGCUUAUAGAGGAUUUCUUCAAUUUGGAAGUUGCUAAUGUUGAAGAGUCCGAAAUAUGUGAACAAGGAGCUCGUUGUGGAUACAUAUUUCAAGAUGGAAGCGAUUUAAUUCAAAGAGAAGUAGCCUUGUUGAGAAGUUCUCAGAAUAAAUUGUAUGUUCUGCUAGUUGAUAUGGAGCAAGAUGAACAAGAAAUUAUGCCAAGAGUUUUGGGGUGCUAUAGGCUUGAAGAUCUGGAAAAAGUUUUGACUGGGCUGGGUCUACAAGCACUAAGGGUACACAUGGCAGAUCAUACAGCUCAUCUAUUCUUGACACGUACUUCCAAGGAAGCACAAGAUGUACUUUGGCUCUUGAAUCUGUUCAGCUUUCCACAGUUAACUAGCGGGGUAUCUUUGCAAAGGUUUGUCUAUUUAGCUUUAUGUUUUCUCCGUGAGCAAAGGCCUUCUCUUUUAGAUAAACAAGAAAAGGAUUUUGUCUGUGUUUAUUGUGCCUUCUAUUUCAUUUCUGAUUACACUUUCUCCUGUAAUUUAAAUGGCAGUUGGGAGAAGAUUCAAGUUAAAUUGCUUGAGAAAUGUAUAUGUGCAAGUUUGAAGAUGGGGAUAUUUCUCUACUCCAUGUUGAUGUUUUGGAAGAAUGAUGCUGAAGAGGAAUCCCUGGUUAUUAGAUCCCUUGUUGUUACCGAAGGAUCAAUAUGUGUGUGCAUUGAGAACCUACAUCAGUUUGGUUGCUUUCCUGAUGAUUCACAUCCUCCAUAUUUUUCUCUCGAUGAAUGCUGCUCUAUCAACAGUAUUAAGGAAGUGGUUGUGGAUCAGCGUGACAAGGAAUGCUUGACAUUAAUUUUGCACAAACACAUAAACGAAGGAAAAUUUCACAGCAGCACUGGAAAUUCGCAGAACAAGCAAGCAGAUGAAAAUUACACAGUACAUACAUGGAAACUGAAGUGGUUUUCUGAAGAAACUCUUUUGAAGUUCAUUUCUGUACUUAGGGCUCUUUACUCUGGAGCAGUUUCUUCGCCGUUACCUGUAAAGUGUAUAUCCUGAUGUGUUAGUUCUUGUAGUCAUGUAGUGAUUUCAUUCAUUUGUUUGGGGGUUGUAUUUAGCUGUUAAUCUGUACAGUUUGUCCAUUAGCUCUCUAGGUUGUGCUUCCUUUAUUCUUUUGAUUUAUCAAAUAGUUACUCAUCUUAAAGCUGUACAGAACAGAGGUAAACUGAGUGAAUGAGUGUAAAUGCAAUUUUGGCAAUAAGCUGUUUCGAACAAUUUGUUCCGCGUCAUGGGUGGUAAAGUACUGUAGUUUAUUGGAU